AUGCAUCAUGCUCUCUCGACCCCGCUACCGCCGCUGGAGACUAGCUCCGCCGCCAUGGAAUUGUUGGAUCGCCACCGGUUUGGGAGGUCGGAAACGGAGUGUGGAGCCGGUGUCAAUUUCUCUGAUCCUGGUGGUUGUUAUGUUAAAGAAGGCGUGGAAAAUGCGGUCUCUUCUGGCAUUUCAAAGAGGGGAGGAGUCUCUGUGGAGGAUGAUCUAGGUGAUUUUAGCUGCGAUAGCGAGAAGGCGGCGGAGAUGGCUGAGGUGCAAGCUAAUGCAGUGCGGCCGCGAAGUUCGUCGAAGAGGAGUAGAGCUGCGGAGGUUCAUAAUUUAUCUGAAAAGACGGACAAGGCUUCGAUGCUGGAUGAGGCCAUUGAAUACUUGAAGCAGCUUCAGCUUCAAGUGCAGAUGUUAACAAUGAGAAAUGGAUUGAGUUUGCACCCGAUGUGCUUACCAGGAGCACUACAGCCAAUGCAGCUGCCCUUGUCAGGAAUGAGCUUUGAUGAAGGAAAUGGAUUGUUAACUACCAGCGCAUUAACAGGCAUAUUUUCUGCAAAUGAAGAAAGCUCAGUGCAAACUGCUCUUAAUCUUCCAAGCCACUGCACCAUCUCAAAUCAACCAAUUGCCAUUCAUUCGGGUACAAACCUUACCUCAUCAGAAACUAACUUUGGUUUUGAACCAUCGGUCCAGGUUAACCAUGCACCCUUCAAUUUGUCCGCAUCUUCAAAGGAAAUCUGCAGGGAAGGCACACCACAGGCACAGCGAGAGAUGGAUCAAACUGUGAAGACCUCUCCAUCUGGUGUGUCCUAG